AUGAAAACAAUUUUUGGUGAGAAAAUCUUCAGCGUCGAUAAGCCGAAUUCAAACAUCGAAGAAUGGAAACUGCACUCGAUAGAAAAUAGGAGGUCGUCAAAAUCUUUUUCGAUGCAGCACAGAUCGAGGAAGAUGGUCUCGGACUCUCGGCGUCUGAAAGAAAAACGACGAUGGUCCGUGGACAGGUCGGCUGGUCUCGCUCCCAACUCCGUUCUUACAUCUAGCGUGAACAAAAUUCAUUUCAAACAGCUUUUGGGAGCCGGAGGAUUUGGCUCCGUCUAUUUGGGAACGGCUUCUGGUCAAAUAGUCGCUGUCAAGCAGUUUCACAAGAACGUUAAAAAUGCCAGAGCAAAAGAGGAAAGUUUUUUAGCGGAAUGUAGAGCAGCUCAGUUGAAACAUCCAAACAUUGUUGAAGUUUUAGCGGCAUCUCCUUCACAAAGUUUACUAUGUCCUCCCCAAAAGACGAUCAUGGGAUGCCUCAGUCCAAUACCUCAGUCUCCAUUUCUUAAUGGAUUGUCAAAGGACUCAUUCCUGCUUCUGAAUAGUUCCCAACCUACUGAACAGAACUCGUUAAUCAUUAUGGAAUAUGCUGGGAAGAAAAACUUGCUGACUGUUAUCAACGAUCCUUAUGAAAAGAUUUCUUUUAACAGGAAAAUAAGAUUCUGCCAGGACAUAAUCAGUGCAAUAACGUACAUUCACGAUUCUGGAAUAAUGCAUCUGGAUCUGAAGCCAUCAAACGUGAUAGUGACAUCAGACGAUCGCUGCAAACUGGGAGACUUUGGAUGUUGUGAGCCAGUUCAGUACCAAGAUAAAACAUCAAACCGCAAGCGGACGAGCUCCCUCGCAGGAACCGUAGCUUACACUGCACCAGAACUCUUCAAAGGCAAAUUGCCGACUCCAAAAGCCGACAUCUAUUCAUUCGCAAUAACAAUGUGGCAACUGACGAGUCGAAAGAUUCCGUACCACGGCAGAGAUCAGCAUGAGAUCAUUUUCAAGGUUGUCUCUUCAAAUCUACGACCCGACUAUAUUGAUGAGGUUCAAUGCCACAGCACCUCCAAUUACGAAGACACCGAAUUCAAAAUGUUGUACGAGAGAGCUUGGAGUGCUGACCCUGACCUUCGACCGACUGCACGAGAGGUCAAAAGUCUCCUCGAUCAGAUGACUUGUUCAUGCUGA